GUGUUUGUGGAAAAAGUGCUGAGGAGGCUUUUCCCUAGUGUUCCCUGUGGCCAAGAAAAGAGUGCACCUGUGACUCCAGCUUCUGACAAACCAGCUGGGAGAGUGGCCGCUGAGAAGGCCCCCACUUUGACAGGUGGCCUACCAGUGAGCGCUGAACCGUGUCCCCAGAUCCACCAUCCAGGUCCCAACCCCUGUGCCGCAGGAUGUACCCAAAGAUGGGGCCUUUACGAGGUGACUGAGGUCACGAGGGCGGGCCCUCAUGCAGUAUGACUGACAGGUGCCUCAUCGCAAGAGGCAGUCAUGACACAGACCCACACUGGGGGAUGAGCACAGGAGGACACAGGGAGAGAUGACAUCUACACACCAAGGAGAGAGGCCCAGGAGGGACCUGUCUUGCCGGCAUGUGGACCCCAGACUCCCGCCUCUGGGCCGUGAGUGACACAGGUCUGUGCUACAGGCCUCCUGCUGCCGGGGCUGACCUACCAAUCGGAAACGUGUGUCCUGGAGUCCACACAACUGAGUUCGGAAAGCAGAGUGCUGCGGGGAAGGCGUGCUGCCCCCAUGAGAAGCAGGCCAUCCUGUGAUGGCCCGGUUUUCUCUCUGAAUAUUACUGAAUCAACGUUCUUAAUCUUUGUCAAAAGUUUGUUUUUAGGGUUUAGUUGCAUUUUCUUCUGUUUUGUAACUUGACAGUUGUAACGGUGAUUAGUCACCAGUGAUAAGGCUGGUGGGACAUCAAACAAGGGAGUCUGUGUCCACGUGGAUGAACUCGUCUCCAACAGAAGCGAACACCUAUGAAGCCCAGGCCGGUUUCCCCGGGAGGACGGUCACCGUGUGCUCGCUCUCUGACCCAAGGCCCACGGCCUCCGCGGCACUGCCCUCGCAGGCCUGGAGCGCUGCUCUUCACGUGUAAGUCGUGGGGUUAAAGCAAGGGCUGUGAGACUUCACCUCUCCUCCUGAGCAUGGUGAGGAGACAGCUCAUUCUGUCGUGGCGGCGUCCAUCUAUGCAUGGUGGUGGCGCACAGGCAGCCGCACGCUCUGGGGAUGAGGACACCAAGGUCCCACCUCGAAGGCGGCUCUACACGGUGAGUUUGCCUCCUGAGGGGUAUGUCCCCACUCCGCCAGAGCCACAGGGCAGCCCGCCCUCCGAGGACACCUCCAGCAGCGAUGACGCGGGAGGAGGGUGCCAGCUUUCAGAUGAGAAACUUCAUGACCAACCAAAGAGAAGAAGAGGAAGAAAGCAUAAAUCCAGGAAAAGUUUUAAGAAUCCCAAUAACGAUCAUGCAGAACAAGCAGAAUUCGAGAAACGGCAGAGUCUUUUACAAGAAAAACUGCAGCCACGGCCCACAGAUGGCCCCACAAUCAGUAAAAAUAGAAAGAGGAAACUGAAGAAGAAGGAGCAGAUGAAGAGGAAGAAAGCGGCUGGUUUACGGACCACAGCCUCUGGCAGCAACUUCAUGUACCAGCCUGAGGAGGGCGACAGCGAGCAAGGAGGCCUGAGAGAGAGUGACCGGGAGGAUGCGGAGGACCGUGGGGAGGAUGGCGCCGAUGCCCGCGGGGAGGACGCUACAGACGCCUGCAGGGAGCACAGUACAGACGCCAAUGAGGAAGACGUUAAAAGUACCAAUGAAAAGGCGGAUGGUGUCCUAAACUUUCUGAAAUCAACACAAGAAAUUUAUUUUUAUGAUGGUGCCUCCAAGGAUGCAGACUCUGCUGUCUCCAUGGAAGCCAGUCAGGAGCUGUUCCAGCAUCUCGAGGAUCACAGCAUGUCCCCCUCUGAUGUGCUCCUUGUGGAUCACAUGAAAACGCUAUUACUCAUGCGAGACACCAAGAGCCUGCAGCACGCCCUGGAGAGGUUCCCAGCAUGCUGCACCAUGCCGCCUGACCACGCCAGAGUGCUCUCAGCUUUCUUUAAUUACUGGAUCAGGCAUAUCCUUCCGGAGAAACAGCAGGAAUAAAUCCGUGCGUCUAAGAAGAGCUAACGUUUAGCAAGAAACUUUAACAGGCAAACGUGAGAUACAAAGGAGAUGGAAUUGCCUCAAUAUGCUUUGUAACCUGAAUCCCAGGGCCUUUGAAAACACCUCUGCACAUUGUUUGUGUGUUGUACACAACGGGCAACAUGCAAUCUGAGACUUUGAGAAAUUUGGAUAAAAUGGACCAUUUUCAAUGAUCGGAAAUUGCUAUGUCUCAAAUUACUACACAGUGAUCCUGAUUUUCUGAUUCUUGUAAAAAUUGAAAAUGGUCAUUGUUAAAUUUAAUAAACUAUAUAGUUUGAAGUUGUUAUAUAUUUUUAUUAAGUUAUAUAAGCUUGUAUAUGAAAGUCUCUGUUUUAAGAACACUUUAUGGACAUUAAAUGUU